AGCUGAGCUGCUGCUGGUUGUAAUUGAGAGCAGCCGGGCUGUAGAUCUGGAUGGAGAGAGAACUCAGUCCUUGUAGCUUUAGGUUAUACAGUAGUUGGUGUUGAUGAGCUCCUGAUUGGAUAGUUCCUCUCUGUGUGAGUUGAGUUAGGAGGUUGGGAGGAUGAUGAGGGACGCAGGGAAGCUGAAGAAGAGGAGGAGAGAGGUGCUGCUGGCUGUUCUGGGGGUGGUGAUACUCAUCUACUGCGCUGUUCACCUGGUUUUCUACAUCGCUGAACCUGCUCGAGAUCUGAGGUCCUCCAGGAUCCGCCGCGCAGUGGAGAAUGAGACGCAGUGUGUGACCCCGCAGUCCUCCGAGUUCCCGGAGGGAUUCUUUACCCUGCAGGAGCGCAAAGACGGAGGGAUUAUUAUUUACUUUAUGAUUGUUUUUUACAUGCUUUUAGCAGUCUCUAUCAUUUGUGAUGAUUAUUUUUUACCUUCUCUGGAAGUCAUCAGCGAGCGUCUCGGGCUCUCCCAGGAUGUGGCCGGGGCAACCUUCAUGGCGGCCGGAAGUUCAGCCCCUGAGCUGGUCACUGCUUUCCUGGGUGUGUUUGUGACGAAGGGAGAUAUUGGCGUGAGUACAAUUGUGGGCUCGGCUGUGUAUAACCUGCUGGGCAUCUGUGCUGCCUGUGGAAUACUAACUGCAGUGGUGGGGCGUUUGACCUGCUGGCCACUAUUCAGGGAUUGUGUGGCGUAUGCAAUCAGUGUUACUGCAGUGAUCGCCAUCAUCUCUGAUAAUCGAGUUUACUGGUAUGAUGCAGCGUGUCUGUUGCUGGUGUACGGCGUGUACAUCGUGGUGCUGUGUUUUGAUCUGAGGAUCAGUGAGUAUAUGAUGCGGAGGUUCAGUCCGUGCUGUGUGUGUUUGAGUAAGAGCGUGAAUGAACGUUCUGAACAGCAGCCUCUCAUGGGCUGGAAUAACGAGUCUAGCCUUCGAGUACCACGGCGCUCCCGGACCGACAGCGGGAUCUUUCACGAUGAUUCGGGAUACUCCCACCUGUCCCUCAGCCUGCACGGCCUCCACGAAAUCCCGGAAGAGCAGAAGAGCGUGUUCAGUAUGCCGGAGAAUGACCUGAAGCGGAUCCUGUGGGUUCUGUCUCUGCCCGUGAUCGUGCUGCUGUACCUGACCAUACCAGACUGCAGGAGGCGCUACUGGAGGAAGUGCUACAUGCUGACCUUCUUCAUGUCUGCUGUGUGGAUCUCCGCCUUCACCUACGUUCUCGUCUGGAUGGUCACUAUAAUCGGAGAGACUCUGGCGAUUCCCGACACAGUGAUGGGUCUCACUCUGCUGGCGGCUGGAACCAGCAUCCCCGACACAGUGGCCAGCGUGAUGGUGGCACGAGAGGGGAAGGCAGACAUGGCCAUGUCCAACAUCGUGGGCUCCAACGUGUUCGACAUGCUGUGCCUGGGUCUGCCCUGGUUCAUAAAGACAGCUUUCGUGGACACCACGGGUCCUGUGGUGGUAAACAGCACAGGCAUGGUCUUCAUCACCUCCACGCUGCUGUUAUCUAUCGUCUUCCUCUUCCUGGCUGUGCACAUAAAUGGAUGGAAGCUGGACUGGAAGCUGGGCAUCGUGUGUCUGCUGUGCUACAUCCUCUUUGCUACGUUAUCUAUCCUCUACGAGCUGGGAAUCAUCGGGAAUAACCCUAUACGGGGCUGCGGAGACUAACUGACCUCAGUUCACCUGAAAGCCCAGUUUUUUUACCCCUGCUCCAAAAUGUUGGGGUGUUUGGUACUUUUUUUAUGCUGCUUACUAUUUAUCUUGGAUGUCAGAUGUUGGAGAUUUGGAAAGAUGCCUCAGCCAAGUUGAUGAUGGCGCUGCAGUUAACGUUAAAGCAACAGUUCUUAAGUUUGUAUUUUUCUUUCUUUUGAAUUGAAAGCAGUAGUAUUCCUAAGUGGAAAGGGGACAAAAUAUUUUAAUAAAUGGCAUUAGUGUGCUUCUGCCAACAUCAGUAAUUAUAAAAAAAGAGGUGUCUGGCACAGGCAUUGGACAAUGAAACUGAAACACCUGUCAUUUUAGUGUGGGAGGUUUCAUGGCUAAAUUGGAGCAGCCUAGUGGCCAAUCUUCAUUAAUUGCACAUUAUUGCACCAGUAAGAGCAGAGUGUGAAGGUUCAAUUAGCAGGGUAAGAGCACAGUUCUGCUCAAUAUAUUGCAAUGCAAACAACAUUAUGGGUGACAUACCAGAGUUCAAAAGAGGACAAAUUGUUGGUGCACGUCUUGCUGGAGCAUCUGUGACCAAGACAGCAAGUCUUUGUGAUGUAUCAAGAGCCACGGUAUCCAGGGUAACGUCAGCAUACCACCAAGAAGGACCAACCACAUCCAACAGGAUUAACUGUGGACGCUGUAAGAGGAAGCUGUCUGAAAGAUCACGGCAGAAUUCAAUGUGCACCUCAACUCUCCUGUUUCCUCCAGAACUGUCCGUCACCACAAUCAAUUAUUGUGCUCUAAAACCAGGUGUUUCAGUUUCAUUGUCCAACCCCUGUAUGUCUUCCUGGGAGUUUUCUGGCUAUAAAACAUUUUGCUGGUUACUUGAGCAACUCUGUGCACUGCUAAUACUGCUGAUAUGAGAGCUACUACCAACAUGGAGAAAUCAGAAGAGCAAUCAUCGUCAUCUACCCAUUUAUACAUUGUUAAACUAAAGAAACACAGAAUUAGAAAUUAGGAGAGCUGGCAAACUAAAAGAGACUGAGACAGAGUUAUUGCUAAAAGCACCAUUUUUUUUCUCUAAAAGCAGAGCGCACCACAACGCACGUUUUAAAAGUACUUUUCUACAUGGAUCUACAGGUGCACUUGCACAUUCUCAGUAGAGAAACCCCUAGAGAAACUUACAGCAGGUCUUUUUUUCUAAUAUACAGCACCACUCAAAAGUUUGGAUAUACCUUCUCAUUCUCAUGUUUUUAUCAUUUUAUUAUAAUUUUCCUACAUGGUAAAUGAAUACUAAUGUUAUUCAGACUAUGAAGGAACACAUAAGGAAUCAUGUAGUAACUUAAAAGUGUUAAACAAACCUAAAUUCUCUGUGAAGAAGCUUUUAGGUGACUCAUAUCUGGGGUUUUGUUAACUUGUGGUUUCUGAGGAUGGUAACUCUGAUGAACUUAUCCUGUGCAACAGAGGAAACUCUUGUUCUUCCUUUCCUGAGGUGGUCCUGAUGAGUGCCAGUUUCAUCAUAAUGUUUUUAAUGGUCUUUUUGACACUGCAAUUCUUAAACUUUUUCAGUUGACUGACCUUCUUUACUUAAAGUAAGUUUGACUUUACUUUAGUUGAGUCAUUCCUGCCAUAACUGAUGCUCUCAAACACAUUAAGAGUCAAGAAAUUCAAGUAAUUAAUUAUUGAUGAAUUCAGCACAGCUGUUAACUGAAAGCCUAAAUUCCAGGUGACUCUACCUUAUAAAACUGACUGGGAAAAUGCAGCCAAGAUGUGCAAAACUGUCUCUAUCUAAGCAAGAGGUGCUACUUUUAAAUACUUUUUAAAUAUAAAAGUUAUUCUGGAUUGUGUAACUUUUUUUGUUCCAUAUAAUAAUUCCAUUUGUUUUUCUUCACAGCUUGGAUGACUUAAGUAUUAAUCUACAAUGACAGAACAUUUUUAAAAUAAUAAAAAACACUGAAUUUAAGGUGUCCGAACUGUCCGAACAUUUGAUAUCCCAUUAUUAGCAUUGCAACAAGUUAGCAUUGUUAGCGAUUCCAUUUGAAAAUAAUGCAUUAUACAAUAUAUUGUGCAUCCAACCACCAGAAAGAUUGUAACCACAUAAAGAGGUUGAACAGUUGGUGAUGUAAAUAUACAAAAUUGAUGAUAAACUGUAUAAAACUAUUGCUUUUACUGUUGAUAUGUAUAGUAGCCAUAUUGGAUUUUGAACUCAGGGCUGGUGAGGCUUUCUUGUGAGGUUUUCUCAGUAGGAAUUCAGACUAGUUGGGGCGCUCCAGUUGAAAUGACCUAUUUGGAACUCCAACAUCUCAUUUUAAGUCAAAUGCAGCAUUAGUUUCACACUAAACCACAAGGCUAAUUUGGUGGGAGCUCAAACUCUACCAGUAAACAUGGUGCUAACUUAAGCUAUAAAUCUAAUGCAGCUGAUAUAAACAAGCAAAACAUGUUUAUAAUACAUCAAUUAGAAGCUUCUCUAUGUAGCUAACAAGCAAUGAAUCCGAAUACCCGACCAUUUAACACAGUAAUAACUUAAGCUACGGGGCUAAUGUAGCUAAUUAUUGCUAAUUGUA